UUUGUCUAUGGCAGCAUGAAGAAGUUUGUUUUUCUCGUCGUUGUGAAUAUUAUUGAAAACCAAACUGUUACCGGUUACUUUACUUCCAAACCAGGAAAUAUUGAUCUUGUUCUGAUUUCUCAGUUCCAAUUGUUCAUUUUCCAAGGAUCUAGCCACCCAGCUGAAAACUGCUUGUGUACUGUGUACAACUCGUAUACUUUACAACGAUCAGUUUCAUCUCCGUUACCCUCCAGGAUGAAGAUAAAAGAAGCUAAUGCUGGUGCGCUUACCAAUUUGGAAGUACUUGACUUUCUACGAUCUAGAGGGGCUUCAAAGGAUCCUACGAGAGUUAUUGUUCCAAUAGCACCCUCUGAAUUCAAGGUCUAUGAUUAUUUGGUGGAGAGUGCCGCUUGCAGUCAAACAAAAGAACACAUCAAUGACUUCUUGGAAAGGAGUAAAAACUAUAAACUUGCAAAAGCUGAGGUCCUCAAUAUCAUCAAUCUGAGACCAUCUGCUUUAGUUGAAAUCGACCCGAUAAUUGAGCAGUCUGAGAAGCGUUUUGGAGAACAACUAGAAGAGUUGGUUAAUUUGGUGGUGGAGGUGUUGCCAGAGCCUCCUACACAAAAGAAUGCUGAACAAGGGAACAGUGAGGAUAAAGAAGAAACUAUAGACAGGAAAGACAUGGAUGAGGGUGAAAGGGAAACUGCAAAUGGUGAUGAGGAUCCAGCAGAACAAACUGAAGAUGGUGAGAAAAUGGAGGAUGGUUAAAUCCCUCUAUAAUUCCAAUAGCAAUCCUGCUUCUCGAUAUAUAAGCAGGGGAAAACCAGUUUGUUGAUCUUAUGAACUUCAGUAGACGAGUUCACCAGAACUAGGUUGCUAUAGGCUGUAGCCAUGGCAUGAGAUUAUUAUUAUUUUUUUCCUAUGAAUCAGAUGAGUUGUACAAUUGAAAUUCUAGUACUAUACCUUGUUAUUUUCAUGGGCGCUUAAGGCAAACCAUUCAAUUUGUGGCUCAA